UGCAAUUCCUGCAGGACUGCCAGACGGCAUGGGGUCAGACGUUGCCUGGUUGGGGGGGCUCCAAUCCGGACUGCAGCAGUGCAGAGGGUAUCACAUGCGACAGCAGCGGAAUGAUAUUGGAGAUGCGACUAUCUAUGUUUAACCUAAUCGGGUCCAUUCCGAACUCCAUCAGCAGCCUUCGCAAGGUCUCUAUUCUAUUUCUUGACACCAAUCAGCUCAGUGGCUCAAUCCCUACUGAAAUCGGCACCCUUACGGGACUGGAGCAACUAUUUCUUGACAGCAAUGAGCUCAAUGGCUCAAUCCCUACUGAAAUCGGCACCCUUACGAGACUGCAGCUACU